GGAAGUUUACAAAUAGCAAGAGUAUAAACGUGCAGCGAGAAAAGCCGGUUGGUGAAGUCUACUAGACUCGUCAGUACUUUUUUGGCUUUGUGAGGUUAUCUAACAUGAAUUCUAUUUUGAUCAACGCAAUCUUGUCGACUUCUCCUCACUACGAUCGUCUGUUUGACUCCCUGUGCUGGCCAGUUGACGUGUGGCCGGAGACGGAGCGCGUUGAGGCGCUGACAGCUUUCAUAGAAGGACUCGAGCACAUUAUUGUUCAAUCAGAAACCACGAAAACACAAUGCAUUCAAGAUAAAACAAAGUCUAUCAUUUGGACGCGUUGCUUGCCUCUCCUCUCCAGGAUAUCAACCGAAACAGACUGUGUGCGAUUUAGGGAGAAUACGGCAGCUGUUUGCAGACUUGCGGCCAUUUGUGCCCGGUUAUGUGACCCGGUUGAGGCGGGUCGAUUCGCUCUGGUCAUCCUGCCUUCGCUUCGCCUGUCAGAGGAGGACCAACCCGGCGUGGAGAGACUCAGUGUGGAGGUUGCCAGUGAAGCCCUAGCUGUCAUCCUUCCUUGUUUAAGAGGAGACGAGCAGCUAAUAUUGAGCAUUUUGUCAUGCGUCUUGUCAAGCAUUAGAACGAUUCCAGACGGAUUGCUCUCCCGGGUCACUGUUCGGCUUUUGUUAGCCGUGCUGGGCAAUUGCAAUGAUGCAAUGCACGGCAGCAUCCUCAACAAGACUUUGAGCGAGCUCUGCACUUGGCACGCAUCGGAGCGCACACCUCCCGUAACUGAACGAACGCUCCUAUGUUUGACCUCCCUUUCGGACCACCUGCUGGCACCUACUGAGCCAGACCCUAGGUCCUGUCUCCGCUUCUGGUGCGUGGUUCAGGACGGACUUAUCCACAGAGACAGCGUGUCCCGGAAGAGGGCACUGUACCUGCUCAAACGAUGUGUGGCAUCGUCACAGGAUCAGGGAGUGGACUGUCCUUCACAACAAGGGAAUGGUGAGGAGAUCUUGUUCAAAUGGACAGCCAAAAGCAGCGAGAUGCUCAGAGAGUUCUGGGAGGAUUAUGUGCUGGUGAUGGAGACGUUGGAGGAAAAUCAGGUUCAUGUGGUCCGCCCAGUGCUGAAUAGAAUAGACUCUCUUAUCCAAACGACAGCAAGUGAAGGUGAGGACCUCUUCCACCCAUCAUGGCUGCUGUGUGUGUACCAGCGAAUGUUUCACAGUGAGAAUAAAACCUUAAUGCGAGCCGGAGUGUGUCACCUCCUCGAACUUAAAGUUCUCCAACAGCCGUCUUUUGCCUCAGCUUUUUCUCAGUUUGUCGUUGGGCCUUUUAUGGACGUUCUGUCAGAAAUGUCGCUCUUCUGCAGGGCUGGUGGCCAGCGUGUUGGAGACUGCCCAGAACUGGCAGUUAAACUUCAAAUCUUCCUGCAGAACUUCUUCAGCAGCCUACCAAAAGAUGACAGAGGCCGCAUCUUGCUGCAGAUGAUCCAGCAACUAGGAUCCAAGCAUUGGUGCGCCGUUCCCCUCCUCUUCAUCUCUCAGGCCCUUUCCAAACUUGCUCCAAACCCAAUAUUGGCUGUCGAUGGGCUCACUGCUCUCAGGGAGGUGCUACGCUGCACCAUGAUCACACAUCAAGUCCUCCUGAGAGGCGCUGCUCAGUGCUUCUUGUUGAAGAGCGCCCUCUGUCUCAUAAAUGUGAGCACAGUGACCCUCGACGACAUAUUUACCUUUCUGGGCAAUUUCCGUACAGAUGAGUCUCUGUGUGGGGGCACCGCACUUUGGGAUGAGGUGUGUGUCUGGCUCUCAAGCAAUGAGGGCCAUUUUAAGAUAAUGCCAAGAGAUGGAGAUGGUACUGCCUCAAGCAAGGAAACCAUAAAAGCUUAUGUUCAAUUCAAAAUACACCAGUUUCUCAGUGUUCCAGCAUGCACUGGUCAGACACAAAGGUUGCCUGACCCCAAAGAGGCAGACAAGUUGGCCAGGUCCAUUUUGCUGUGCACUGACAUUGAGAGGAAUCAUCCUGGAGCAAAGAUUGGUGACACCCUCCAGGCAUUAUUGUCUCCUCUGGUGGACACUCUAAACCGGGUCGGCCCCAACAUCUACAUGCCCCUGAAAAAGAGUGACAAGAGUUUGCAACUUGUUCUCCGAUUGCUCCAGCUCAGAGAAACACCAAAAGCCCACUUAGAUGAAGUGGCAGCUGCUUUGGAGAGGCUCAUUUUUCAGUGUGCAGAUUCAAUCCAGGAGUUUAUCAUGAGGCGUCUGUGUGGGGAACUGCUGGAGCUGUGCGACAUGGAGCGGGCAGAACUGUAUUUGUGUGUCUUGAAGCAACUGUCCAUGCACACUUCUACAAUUCAACCAUCUUGCUUUCCUAGACUCAUCAAGUACUCUCUCAGCAUCUUGCAAGAACCAACCCAGCAGAGCCCCUCAGUGGCGAGCCAGGUGGCACAAGCGGUUGCUAUGGCAUCUCUUGCCAUGGUAUGCCGGCUAAUUGAGAAGCAAGCAAUUGGCCCAGACACUUUUUCUCUUCUAAAGCAACUGAAUGAGCAUUUUUACAAGUCUCCUUGGCGAAGUCACCCAGCUCUGGGACGCUUCAAUGAGAGGCUCCUGAAACCUCACACAGCAGAUAGUUUGAGUAAUGAAGGUGGGAAAGGCCCUCUCCUGCAGGACUGGGGUCGCACGGCUGCCCACUUCAUGCGGGACCAGUGGGUUUGCCUGAGUUUCCUCACAAGAACACUUCAACAUUCCGAGCUCCUCAGAAACACAAAGACUGCCGUUGCCGCUCUGAGAUGCUGCGUGGACGCUUUAGCUCUGCUGCCCAGCGACCUUGUUCUACCUGUGUUCGCCUUCAUGGAGACGGUGUUGCCACAAUUAGUGACUAAAGACGAGGCCCUCUGCGUGGAAGCCGUGAGUCGGACUUGGGAGCUGGUGCAUGGGCUCAGCAAUAACGCCCAUGACUUCUGGCCUGCCCUCAAAGGCUUCAUCUCAGUGGCUUUCCACCAAACACUGCUGCUGCUCAGGAACAGUCAGGCCCCAGUCUUGACAGCAACCAUGAAACAGAUUGCUGCUGAGAUCAUGGAGCUGUCUGAAUCUAAGAAUGGUGUUUUUAGUGUGCUGCUGCAACACUGUUGUCACACAUGGUUGCCUGCUAGCGAACAAAGCAGCGAUCAAGAAGACGGCAUAUUCUCCAGUGUUUUCAAUCAUAUCAACAUCGUAGCUGAGGGUUGCAUUUAUGGCCCGGUGUUCAGGAGAGAUCAGCGUCUUGUUCAAGAUGUCCAGGCAUACGUGGAGCAACUCGGUGCGGCGUGCGCCACCAACACUGUGGUCGCCAGUGACAACAGAGACGACCAGCUACCUCGCAUGUGCACCCUGGCUUUCCUCAGUCGGCUGGAUGCUUCUAACGGUCUGCAUGAAAAACUGAUGGAGCAACUUGCUGUCACUCUCUUAGAAAAGGACAAGAAUGUGUCAAAAUCACUGCGUAUCUCCAGCAACUCUCUCCACCACCGUGUGAAAAAUAGAGUAUGGCAAACACUGCUAAUGCUGCUGCCCAAAUUGAAAGAGGAGUUUGUGGCCUCUAUAUUGAGCAGUAUCUUUGAGGCUGGCUUUUGUAGUAACCAGGCUUCAGUCAAGUACCUCAUUGAGUGGACGAUGAUUCUGAUCCUUGUCCGUUACCCACAACAAAUAGGUGACUUUUGGGCCUGCUUCGAUAUGCAUCAUGAAGGAACCAAGACUGGCAUCUGCACCUUUCUGGCAGUCCUAGUGCAUUUUGAAAUCAUCCUCCCCACCCUUAAAAAUCCAGAUAUGCAUUUGGCAAAAGCACUGGACAUCACUCUUCAGUGGUGUUUCCACCACAACUUUAGUGUGCGUCUCUAUGCCCUGCUGGCUUUGAAACGGGUUUGGCACCUGGUAGAGGUCAGAGGCGAGGGGACACUUGAUGGUUUGAGGGGGCUGUCCACUGUGGUCAAGGCCUGUCUGCACCAGACUGAGGCCCUAAAGAACACUGGGAAUUCCAACAAGAACUGGACCAGGAUUCAAGAGCACUUUUUCUUUGGUGCCUUUCAUCCAAUCAGGGAUUACAGCAUUGAGACGAUAUUCUACACUUUCCCGAGUCUUUCAGGGUUGGCCGAUGAUGAGUGGAUUCCCCUCUGGAAGUUGGAGAAGCUGUCUUGCUUAUUUCAGACACCUCCUUUAAGGAAUCCCACUCCUGACCUGAGCCGGCUCCAGCCUGGAGACUGGAUUCAGCAGGAUAAAAGUGAGGAGGACAAGGAGGAGCGCUGGGCAGAAGUCCAGAAGAAAAUAACCCCCUGGUGUUUGGACAUCCAGGACCAGGACUUGGAUCUUCAGCUGGUUCCGCAGCAAAGAGCAGCUCGCCUCGGCAAACAGCAUGGCGCCCUACUGGUGGUGGCCUCACUCAUUGACAAACCCACGAACCUUGGAGGUCUGUGCAGGACCUGUGAGAUCUUUGGUUCCAGUGCGUUGGUGCUGGACAACCUCCGCCACAUCACAGAUAAACACUUUCAGUCCCUCAGUGUCUCAUCAGAACUUUGGCUUCCUCUCCUGGAGGUAAAGCCGUCGGAGCUGGCAGACUUUCUCCAAAUGAAGAAAAGUGAUGGCUACUGCAUUGUUGGUGUGGAGCAGACGUCCAAUAGUCAGAGCCUUCAGGACUACCAAUUUCCUGAGAAGACUCUGCUACUUUUGGGCAACGAACGAGAAGGCAUCCCCGCCAACUUGCUUCAGCUGUUGGACGUGUGCGUGGAGAUCCCUCAACAAGGUGUCAUCCGUUCACUCAACGUGCAUGUAAGCGCUGCCCUGCUGAUCUGGGAGUACACUCGCCAACGCCUUGUCAGCACCUCCAGUCAAGAAAAGUCAAUACAUGGCUGAAGAACGGAGCCAGACAACAUAUCCGGUCUUAACAACGAAGGUGCUAUCAGUCACCACAUGAAGCGUUUAAAUGCAAACAAAAGUGCAAACACAUCAUAUUGAUUCUUCAUCAUGUAAAUUUGUUCAUGGUCUUUUCACAUUUCUGGUACCUUAGUAGGUCAUGAAAUGGAGAUCAACACUUAUUCCAUCCAAGUAUUCCACUGAGCAUUGUGCAGAAAUAAUGAUACUACCUACUCCCAGUGCAUGCAGAGGAAGAACAGCAAUUCAACAUUUUUACUGUUAUUCGUUGCGGCAAUUCCUUUUUGACUCAUGGGGACUACAAAAAAACAA